UUCUUAUUCUGCGGUGCGGUGAACUUUCAAAACUUCAGGCGAAUGGAAAAGAAAUACGGAAGAGAAUAUUUUAUUUUAAUGUGGCGGCGCUAAAUUAUCCCCAAAUUUGAAGCUUCAGAGAAUCUGGGCUGUCCGUGGGGAGGGGGCGGCCUGUCCUAAAUCGGGAAUUAAUCUUUUGGUACAAAGAAAGAGGAAUUUCCUGGCUCUCCAGUCUCCACUCUCCUGGUUCAAUUCAGUUCUAGGGUUUAUGCAUUACCGCUUCAUCUAUGCAUAAGAAAACCCACUGCGCCUAUUCCCAUCUACACAAUUUCAACGUGUGUUAAGAGCUUUCUCAACUUCACAAAUCAAUGGGUCGCUCUCGCGGAAAUUUUCACGCUGAUGAAGAUCCCAGCCAAAGAUCAAGGCGAAAAAAGAAUGCUUCAACUGGAGAAAAUCUAGAAUCCACAACAGCAGGCCAAGGAACAGGUGAAGGGAAGAAGGCUUUGUACCACUGCAAUUACUGCAACAAAGAUUUAACAGGGAAAAUUCGUAUCAAGUGUGCUGCGUGUACUGAUUUUGAUCUAUGCAUAGAGUGUUUUUCUGUUGGCGCUGAGGUGACGCUUCAUAAAAGCAAUCAUCCUUACAGGGUCAUGGACAGCUUAUCUUUCCCACUUAUCUGCCCAGAAUGGAAUGCAGAUGAAGAAAUUUUGCUUCUGGAGGGGAUUGAAAUGUAUGGUAUGGGAAAUUGGGCAGAGAUUGCUGAGCACGUUGGGACAAAGAGUAAAGAACAAUGUAUUCAACACUACAAAACUGCCUACCUGAACUCACCAUACUUCCCUCUGCCGGACAUGACUCAUGUUGUUGGCAAAAAUAGAAAGGAACUUCUCGCUAUGGCCAAAGGGCAUGGUGAAGACAAGAAAGGUAUGACAGGAACAUCUUCCCUAGGUGAGCUUACUUUGAAGGAUGAAUCUCCAUUUCCCUCUUCUAGAAUCAAGGUUGAAGAUUCAAAUAAAAAUGGUUCAUCUGGCCGAUUGGUAUCUUCUGGAACAACUGCCACUAAGGGGUCAAACAUAGCGCAGGUCAAGAAUAGCCCCAGUUCCAUAAAAGUGGAAGACAAUCUAGUGGACAGGAGUUUUGGGGGCAAGAAACUUAAACCUCCAAACGAGGGCCCAACUUUGUUGGAGUCAAGUGGUUAUAACCCCAAAAGGCAGGAAUUUGAUCCAGAAUAUGAUAAUGAUGCUGAACAAUUGCUUGCUGACAUGGAAUUCAAGGAAACUGACACCGAAGAGGAGCGCGAGUUGAAGUUGAGGGUCCUACAUAUCUAUGCAAAGAGGCUUGAUGAGAGGAAAAGGAGGAAGGAUUUCAUCUUAGAAAGGAAUUUGCUCCAGCCAAAUUUGUUUGAGAAGGACUUAUCUUCCGAAGAGAAAGAAAUCUGCCGUCAUUAUGAUGUCUUUAUGCGUUUUCAUUCCAAAGAAGAGCAUGAUGACUUACUUAAGACUGUUAUCCAGGAAUAUCGAAUUAUGAAAAGGAUUCAAGAACUCAAGGAAGCCAGAACUGCUGGUUGUCGAUCAUUAGUCCAAGCUGAGCGAUAUCUUGAACAGAAAAGGAAGAGGGAUGCUGAAGAAAGUGGACGUAGCACCAAAUUAAGUACUCAGUCGGGUCGGAGCAGUCUGGGUUGUCUCCCACCCCCUGAGUCAGUGAUGAGUGAUUCAAAUAUGAGAGCUACAGGACAGGCAAAUUCAGGUUCUCUUGCUGACUUAGAUAUUAUGGCACUUCCAGGGGCUGAGUUGCUAUCUGAAUCUGAGAAAAGACUUUGCCGCGAAAUCAGGUUAUCACCACCAGAGUACCAUAAGAUGCAAGAGAUCAUGACCGUCCAAAUCCUCAGUGGCACCAUUGCCAAGAAAUCUGACGCCUAUCCCUUUUUCAACAAAAUCGAACACAGCAAAGUUGAUAGAGUUUAUGACAUGCUGGUGAGAAAGGGUUUUACUCAAUCAUGAACACAGAGACGUCUGUCACCCAACCCACCCUCCAACAUGUUCACCCUUUCCCGAGCUACAAUAAUAAUUAUAUGUAAUGUAACUAAUCCAUUCUGUUCUACACACUGAUUGAAUCAAUAAUAUAUGCAUUCUCUAUUUUCGUC